AGGAAAUGUGUCCUUCCAUUCAAUCAAAGUCAGAGCGGACUCAUGGCGGCACAUUUCAAGAAGCAGCUAAAAGAGGCGGUGAAGGUCAUCGGCUCAGGCAGCCUCCUCUUUGCCUCGUACCUCACAACGGUGGGAGAUGAACGUUUCUAUGCCAACCAGCUGAUGCCCCUGCUACAAAGGGCUGUGGGGGCCGAGACAGCCCACUUGUUAGCGGUGAAAAUGAUCAGUCUGGGUUUGGUUCCUCUCAACCGCUACCAGGACCCCAAGUCACUGGAGGUAAACGUCUUGGGCCUAAAGUUCAAAAACCCUGUUGGGAUUGCGGCAGGCUUUGAUAAGCAUGGAGAGGCAGUGGAUGGUUUGUACAAGGUGGGCUUUGGCUUUGUCGAAGUUGGAACCAUCACGCCAAAACCACAAGAGGGGAAUCCCAAACCGCGUGUGUUUCGACUGGCAGCAGACCAUGCCAUCAUCAACAGAUAUGGCUUCAACAGCUGUGGUCUACUCGAAGCACAGCGACGGCUGAAGGUGCGGGAGGCAGCUCAGCAGGAGCAAACGAAAGCUGGCCUUCCCCUGGGCAUCAACCUGGGGAAGAACAAGCAGUCCCAGGAUGCAAAGUCGGAUUAUUCUGAAGGGAUGAGAGUGCUGGGCCCACUGGCUGACUACCUGGUGGUAAAUGUCAGCAGUCCCAAUACACCAGGUCUCCGCAGCUUACAAGGCAAAGCUGAGCUCUACCAGCUCCUGCGUACGGUGUUGAAGGAGCGGGAUGGACUGCAGGGGGAACACAAGCCUCCUGUCCUGGUCAAAAUCGCUCCUGACCUCACUGCCCAGGACAAAAAGGACAUUGCUGAUGUUGUUAUUGAGCUUGGAGUGGAUGGCUUAAUGGUGUCCAACACCACUGUGUGCCGGCCAGAAAUGCUACAAGAUCCUCAUAGGUGUGAGGCUGGAGGACUUAGUGGGCAUCCUCUCAAAGAUAUCGCCACAAAUGCAGUCAGAGAAAUGUACAGCCUCACCAAAGGUAAAGUAGCAAUUAUUGGAAUUGGCGGUGUGGCCAGUGGACAGGAUGCAAUGGAAAAAAUCCGUGCUGGUGCAUCACUAGUUCAGAUUUAUACAGCUUUUGCAUACCAGGGUCCACCUGUCGUCACCAAGAUAAAGCGGGAAUUGGAACACCUUCUGAAAGAACAAGGAUUUAGGAGUGUUUCUGAGGCCAUUGGAGCAGAUCACAGAGGAGCACAUACGACCGCUAACUAGCGAAGCCUUCUGACAUGGACUGUUAAGACGUCCUUCUUCCGUCCUCAACUUGACUUGGACUGCAAAUAAUACUAAAGAUGUUUUGGUCUAUCUUUUGUUACAGUGUAACAGCAAUCAGCAGAGUGCUUUAACUCUACACACUUUAGCCUUACUACUUGUUUUUACACAUGCAUAUGUGUAAAUAAAUAAUAUGACAUACUGCCUGGUAUCAUGUUCAUUUAUCUGUUCAGAGUCACUAGGAAGCUGGAGCCCAUCCCAAAUAACGCUCAGUACAUUCUAAACAGUUCUUUUUACAGACCAGACUUGGCUAGUUUUUUUGUACCUGACAGUUUUGACUGCCCACUUGCAGUCUUCUUCAGAGUGGUCACGUGACGUUCCUGUUGUCACUGACUUCCUGCCAGGGAAGACAGGGCGAAAGCUCCAUCCGCUGUCCGACUUCUUUAGGACCACAUCCCAGGUGUGAGAGAGUGCAAAGGCCCCUUGUCCCGGUUUAUGCUCCUAUGGGCACGUUUCCAAAUCUCAAUUGCCAUCGGUGGUGUUUGUUGUCCUCUGUCCCAAUGAUGUUUCAGCUGACAUGACAUGCCACAGGACCAUCACGUGACCACGCUGAGGAAGAUUGCAAGUUGGCAGUCAAAACUGUCAGGUACAAAAACUAGCCCACUGUGGUCUGUAAAAAUAAUUGUUUAGAGUGUAUCAAUGUUAGAGCAAAUGUUAGACCCUGUGCUGGUCACCAGCCUGUCUCAGUGCUGAAACAUACAGACCACUAUUCACUUCAGUGAGCACAACAUAGAAAUAGAACCCACAUAAGCACAGAGAGAACGUGCAAACUGCACACAGUUACAGUUUACCCAAACUGAUACACUAGUACCUCGCAUAACAUAAACCUCCUUUUACGUAAAUUCCACUGAACGUAAAGAAUUUAUGUAAAGUUUUUGCAUCGUAUUACGGAAGAAAUUCCAUAUAGCGUAAUGCGUCAAGUCGGUGCACUUGUUUAAUAAAGUUGAUUAAAAAAAAAAAAGUACACUGUGUGACACCUUCUGACGCUUCAUGCUCUCAUUGGCUGAUUUUCGGGGCAGUGCUGCAUGUCUGUCAUCUCAUGCACACAAACGUGAAGAAAAUAUUUUUCUGAUAUCCUAAAGGUUUGUUUAUUUUGGCCUUGUAUUUGUGUUGGUGUCUUUCCAAAUGAAGAAUGAUUCAAUCACACUGCAAUGUAAUCAAUAAAAAAAUACACUGGUGAUUCUAUUGUCUAAAUACACUAAUCCCUUGUUUAUUGUGGUUAAUUGGUUGCAUGCCUAGUCACCUUUACAGUCCUAUUACCCAAUAUAGUAGACAUAAUAACAGAAAAUAAGCCAUUAAAGACACAAAUAAGCCUUGUACUCGUGUGUCUUACUGUAAAUGUGUUCCCUUGUUGGACAGGAAAUGACAUCAGGGUGUCAGAGUCGAGUUUUAGUGUGGCGUGAUUUACCACCACAAGAGUGGCUCGUGUUCGGGAUUAUUGUGCCAGUUUUGAAAUAAUUCAAACUUGCAAUAAAAGCCUGUUGUUCCGGAGGCCAAGUCUG